AUGUCGAAGCGAGGUUCUUCUUCAACUUCGACAAACAUCAACAGUCGUGGGGUGGUAGUUUGCAAGCACAAGGUGGCCUGUGUGGUUAAUACCUCUGGUACGGACCUGAACCCAGACAGGCAGUUCUAUGGCUGCCCAUAUUGGAUGGUAAUAAUGAGAAAAAAACUGCGGGUUUUUAGGUGGGUACAUGGGAUGGUUGCUGAAGGGGAAGAACAAACCUCUGCAAUUAGGAGUUCUCAGCUGAAGCUCGAGGAAAGUUUGCGGGUAGCUGAGUCAAAAGCGGAAAUAAGGAAGAAGGAGAAGAAAUUUUUGGUUGAAGAGUUGUCAAUGUGGAUGAAGGCUCAAGAACUUAUGGUAGCUGAAGGAAGCAGAGUGGCUAAUGACAUUUGUCUCAUCCGAUAUCAUAUCACAGUUGUUGUACUGAACUUCUUAUUGAUUGUUCUUCUGCGGCAGCACCAGUUUGUUAUGUAG